AUGUCUGGAGCUCCCCAGCACGACUACGCCUUUGCCUCUGCAUCUUCGUCCUCCCACUCGCCCGCGCCCGCCAAUACGCCGCCCUCGGCCGCCGACGACGACCACGCCGACCUCGACUUCCUCGCUGGCGACGAUGCGCGCGAUGGCGACGACGACAACGACGACGACGUACUCGCCGACGACCCAAUUCGCCAGGAGCUGAACACACCGCUGUCUUUUAAGCGCAGGCAAAAGCAGUCCUUCUUGUCUGCGCCGUCGCGGUUCUUCUCGGCGUUCGCGAGCGGCAGUGGCUCGGCCGACUCGCCGGGCUUCGGGGCGUCGUCUCAGCGAUACCAACACCCCAAUGUCCCUCCCCUCGUGACGGGCCACUCGCACCGGCCAUCGGGCUCGACGAACCUCAAUACUGGGAGCAAAGAUGGCGUGCCGCUGGACUGGUACGCCGAGGGCCCCGGGCGGCGCGUUGGCUACGAGGACCUUACUGCCAUCGACUGGAUCUUCGAGUACACCAAGGAGCGCCAGCGCCUGCGCGUGCUCUCUUCAAGUGCUAGCGGGCUGAUGGGAUAUGUCCAGCACCUCAUCGACGCCAGCCAAGUCUGGAUCAUCCUCAUCCUUACAGGGCUGCUCGUCGGCGCCAUCGCUGCCGCCAUCGACGUGACCACGGACUGGCUCGGCGACCUCAAGCUGGGCUUUUGCUCCAGCGGGCCUGAAGGCGGACAUUUCUACCUCAAUAAGGGCUUCUGCUGCUACGGGUACGACCAAGGGUCCAAAUGCCUUGGUUGGAAGACGUGGGGUGAUGCCCUCGGCGUGCAUUCCGCAGGCGGCAAGUGGUUUAUUGGAUACAUUUUCUUCCUCCUAUUUUCUGUCUGGCUGGCAUAUUGUGCUGCGCUGCUUGUCAAAGAAUAUGCUAUAUACGCUAAGCAUAGUGGUAUCCCUGAGAUCAAAACUGUUCUCGGAGGCUUUGUCAUCCGGCGCUUCCUGGGGACCUGGACGCUGAUAACCAAGUCUCUCGGCCUGAUUCUGGCCGUCGGCUCGGGCAUGUGGCUUGGCAAAGAAGGCCCCCUUGUCCACGUCGCUUGCUGCUGCGCCAACCUGUUUAUCAAACUGUUUAGCAACAUCCGAAGCAAUGAAGCUCGAAAGCGCGAGGUCCUCUCUGCAGCCGCAGCUUCGGGCAUUUCCGUAGCGUUUGGAUCACCCAUCGGGGGUGUUUUGUUCAGUCUCGAGGUGAGCAAGGCGCUCGAAAAUCACGAUCCCGAAUUCGCGCUGACCCGUGAGAAGCAACUCUCAUAUUACUUCCCGGAUAAGACAAUGUGGCAAAGCUUUGUCUGUGCCAUGACUGCGGCCGUGGCUUUGCAGGCUUUCGACCCGUUUCGUUCUGGCAAGCUUGUCCUGUACCAGACCAAGUACAACACCGACUGGCAUGGGUUUGAAAUGAUUCCCUACGCAAUCCUCGGUAUCUUGGGCGGCGUAUACGGAGGUCUCUUCAUCAAGGCGAACAUGACUGUUGCUCGCUGGAAGAAAGCCCGACCAUGGCUCCCGGGCCCGAUCGCCCAGGUUCUGCUGGUGGCGCUCCUGACGGCUCUCGUCAACUACCCCAACUUUUACAUGAAGCUACAGACCUCAGAGCUCGUCUCGAAUCUAUUCUCUGACUGCUCACGCCUCCUGGAUGAUCAGAUCGGGCUGUGCAAGAAGGGUGCGGCGUCGGCCAGCACCAUUAUCCUUCUCAUCUUUGCCUCCGUUCUGGGCUUCUUCCUCGCUACCAUAACAUUUGGUCUCCAGAUUCCCGCAGGCAUAAUCCUGCCGUCCAUGGCCAUUGGCGCACUGACCGGCCGCGCCGUUGGCAUCAUCAUGGAGAUCUGGGUCACCAACCACCCUAAAUUCUUUGUCUUCGCGUCGUGCGAACCCGAUGUUCCUUGCAUCACGCCGGGAACAUACGCCAUUAUUGGUGCCGCUGCGGCCCUGGCUGGCGUGACUCGAAUGACGGUCUCCAUAGUCGUCAUCAUGUUCGAGCUCACGGGCGCGCUGACGUACGUCCUGCCCAUCAUGAUUGCUGUCAUGAUCUCCAAGUGGGUUGGCGAUGCUUUUUCGCGUCGCGGCAUCUACGAGUCCUGGAUUCACUUCAAUGAAUAUCCGUUCCUCGACAACAGCGAAGAAAUGAUUAUCCCCGACAUCCCUGCGUCGCAGAUUAUGACACGCAUCGAGGACCUGGUUGUUCUCACCGCUACUGGGCAUACUAUUUCGUCACUAAACUCGAUCCUCGAGAUGCACCCAUACCGCGGAUUCCCUGUCAUCUCAGAUCCUCGCGACGCGAUUCUCCUCGGCUACAUCUCUCGUGCCGAACUUAGCUACAACAUCCGCACCGCGUCUCAGCCACCGCGUUCACUUCCUCCGGAGACGGAAGCCUUCUUCUCUCACCAACCCCUCGCUGACCCCCGGACAACACUGGACCUGCGCCCUUGGAUGGAUCAGACGCCUCUCACACUGCCGUCGCGUACGAACCUGCACUUGGUCGUCUCAUACUUUCAGAAGCUCGGCCUGCGCUACGUCCUCUUCAGCGACCGCGGCGUCCUCCAGGGCCUCCUCACGAAGAAGGACGUCUGGUACGUCCUCAACGGGGCCGAUGAGACGCGCCGCACGGGAGGCGCGCCCACGGCCGGAGCUGGAGUCGGGACGGGCAGGCGCCAUGACCCCACGCGGGAGGAUGGGCCACGCGAGGAGAGAGGCUUGCUGCGUGCCGGGGGCCUGGAUGAUGACGCCGAGAGUCUAAGAGAGGAGGAUCGGGCGUCGAUAUUAUAA